UCCAAAUUCUACAUUGUUGUUAAUUAAAAUGAACUGGAUAAUUGUAAUGAAAUAAAACGAAUCUUUUUUAUUUGAAAAAAUUACAAUUAUAAUUUAUAACUUAAAACGAUUCUUAAAAAGCUAAAUCAUGCCACGACCGGCAAAAAGUGCUCGUACAACCAAAGACAGAGCCCGAGCAAUUGGAUUCCCAAAAAAGUCACCUUCAUUGGAAUCUACUUCUUCAAUUGGUCCACCCGGUCGACCCGGUCGACGUGAUAUACCAUUUGAGCCACCAGCCUUUGGACCAAAUUUAUUUGAUUGUUGUGCCACAUUGAUUUACUGUCCACGACACAAUAACUUUGGUUUAACCAGGAUUGGUGAAGGAAAAGGAAUGUGGUUACCUUAUGUACCUCUUAGACCUUCAGAUGGUUGGUAUGCCGCUUGUGUUUCCCGUUUAAAGCAAGUGCUUUCAACCGGUACAGGACCGAAGCAAUAUCUUUCCUUCUCCCAACCAGAAUUGAUACAUAUUUUUCGCCUUCAAGUUCCAGACUUUUGCCAAUUCGUUACUAGAGUUACUUUCUUAUCUCAAUUGACUCAUGAAGAAAAAAGUUCAGGCAAUUGUUGCCAACCAAACAAGACUCUACAUUGGUUUUCAGCUGAUGAUGUUAUCAAUCAAAAUGUUGCUGAUCUUUGGGGUCCAGAACCUUGCGUUUUUGGUGAAGCUUUCCUUCACAAUGCCAUUGAAAAAGGAGCUUAUACUGAAUACACGAUGAGAGAUGCUAUGCGUUACAUGACACGAGAUCCACCAAAAACGUUUCAAGAUGAAAUGUUGAAAUCAGCCAAUUUUGCGGACAAAGAUAUCAAUCGACUUUACUCUGAAUUCAUUCAACACUGUUAUCCCUCACAGUACAUGGUCUUCCCUUCAUUUGUUGAUUACAUGUCUCGUAUUGGUUGGCCAGCUGCUGAUCGAGACUUGGAAAAUGUUUACCGUGCUUUUGGCUUCAACCACAUGUCCUAUUUAUCUUUUCACGAGUUUCUUCUCGGUCUUGCAGCAAUGGACAAGCAAACCCAUCAUGGAGGUCACCCAGGAGAGUUGAGAUGUGGUUAUAUCUUUCGUUAUUAUGAUACCAACAAUGAUGGAGUUUUGGAUAAUAUUGAAAUGGCCAGAAUGAUUUAUGAUAUUUUACGUUUGAAAAACAAACCCCAUGAUGAUGACUCGGUGGAAAAGGAAAUGGUUAAAAAUUAUCAGGCCUUGGGUGUUAACCUAAAUGAUCCAUCACCUGUUGUCACUGACACUCAACUAUUACGAGCCAUUGGUACCAUGUCUUUCCGAGGAACAUCAGCUCUAUUUCGUGCUCCAUUCCCAAUCUUGACAACCAUUUCAGCGAAACGCUGUUACGAGUCUCUCACUCAUAUACAAGGAGUUGGUGGUGAACAAGAGCUUAAAGUUUGCAGAAGACUCAAAGGCAUUUGUUCGAAUUGUAAAAACAAAAAAUUCACAAUUGCUGUCCAUUGUGCUCGAGUAGCUCCAGAAGGAAAUAUUGUUGAGGUACAAGAGGUUUUACCCGAAGAAAUUGCCCAAACACCCAAAGAUCGACGAGCAAUGUCAUUGAUUGCAUUUAGUGUUGAAAAUGUGGCCAACCGAAUGAUUGAAUGGCUUCGUGAUUACUCUGAAGUUGCCAAUUUGGGUAAUUUUAAACGAUCUUUUGGUACCAGACGUAAACCAGGAGAGAAACAGAAAGCUGGAAAUUAUUGGAUUACCAGUGAUAGAACAGCUUUGGCCAAUGCGAUAAUUAAACUGUGUGCUGACAUGGAAAAUAUCUUUAAACGAGAAGCUAGAUGUAUUAAAAUUAAUAGUCCUGUAUAUGUUCUUGGUGAUACUCAUGGUAAUUUGAGAGAUAUCAUGAUUUAUGAAAGAAUCCUUUGGAGAAAAGCUCCCAACUGUGUAUCUGCUAGUUACCUAUUUCUUGGUGAUUUUGUUGAUCGAGGUGAAUAUGGAUUGGAAUGUAUUCUUUACCUUUUCUCUUGUAAAAUAUUGUCACCUGAAAAAUUUUGGCUUAUCCGUGGUAACCAUGAACUACGAUCCAUCCAAGCAGUGUUUACCUUUCAACGUGAAUGUGCCGAUAAAUUUGGGAAAAACUUGGGCAACUCCAUUUGGGAUGCUAUUAAUCGAGCCUUUGACGUGAUGCCUAUAUGUGCAGUUGUUGAUGAAUCCAUUUUCUGUGCUCAUGGUGGAAUACCUACUUCGGUCACUAAAAUUGAGGAUCUUCAAAACAUACCCACUCCACUGGCUGAACCCGAGUCACAGUCACCGCCUGCUUGGGAAAUACUUUGGAAUGAUCCAGUGUCUGGAAAUGAAUUUGAUGAAUAUGCGGACAUGUUGCGGUUACAAUCAGGAUCCAAUGCAUUCAACAGUUUACAAGGGUUUUUACCCAACACUAAGCGAGGAACAGCUUACUAUUUUAAUGAAGAGGCUGUUAAUAAGUUUCUUCAAGUCAACGGUUUAACUCACAUUAUUAGAGCUCAUGAGGUUAUUCCAGCUGGUUAUCGAUUUCACAUGGGUGGUAAAGUAAUAACUAUCUUUUCUUCAUCACACUAUUGUGGUGGAAUGAACGAAUCAGCUUGUGUUUUUAUUGAAGCAGAAAAGUUGAGGAUAUUACGUUUAGAUACAAGCUGUUGAGAUUAAAAUUGAAUUUUAUUUAGUCCUCCUUGUUUAACAUUAAAUAUGUAUUUUCUUAGUAAACUUUCAAGUUAAUUACUUUAUUGUAAUUAUUAAUAAUGAUUAACAAAAUCA